CGACUUUUGUAACCCCAAUUGCGUAGUGGUAUAAAAUAUUGGAGCAGAAAUCGAGAAAUCGCAGUUGAAUUUGUGAUAAAAUAAUAAAAUAUAGCUUGUAGAAAAUUAAUUAAGGCUAAACUAAAACAAGCAAACAAACAAUGUCUUACGCAUAUUUGUUCAAAUACAUUAUCAUUGGCGAUACAGGUGUUGGCAAGUCAUGCCUGUUGCUGCAAUUCACCGAUAAACGUUUUCAACCUGUGCAUGAUUUAACAAUUGGAGUUGAAUUUGGAGCUCGCAUGAUCACCAUCGAUGGCAAACAAAUCAAACUUCAAAUUUGGGACACAGCCGGCCAAGAAGCAUUCAGAUCAAUAACAAGAUCUUAUUACCGGGGUGCCGCUGGUGCACUUCUUGUAUAUGAUAUAACUAGACGUGAGACAUUUAAUCAUCUGACAACAUGGUUGGAGGAUGCCCGACAACAUUCAAACUCAAAUAUGGUUAUCAUGUUGAUAGGAAAUAAAAGUGAUUUAGAAUCACGUCGUGAAGUUAAGAAGGAAGAAGGUGAAGCAUUUGCCAGAGAACACGGUCUAGUAUUUAUGGAAACAUCAGCGCGCACAGCUGCCAAUGUCGAAGAAGCGUUUAUAAAUACAGCCAAAGAAAUUUAUGAGAAAAUCCAAGAAGGCGUUUUCGACAUAAAUAAUGAAGCUAACGGCAUUAAAAUUGGUCAACAGCAUUCCCCCACAAAUCCUGCAUUGCCCGGAUCUGGAAACCAAGCUGGAUCAGCUAGUAGUGGUUGUUGUUAAAAGUUUCUCAACUGUCCCCAGUAUCCUCCCCUAUAAACCUUUUAACCGUGCAGACAUAAAACUAACAGUAAAUAUAGAAAACACUCGUAAUUAUUUUUUACACAAAAAGAAAACCAAUAAAUAAAACUAUUUAAAAAUA